GGGAAGGUGCGGGCGGGGCGCGGGCCCGGCGGGUGGAGUGGGGCCCUCCCGGCUGUGCCUGCUGCCCUCGGGCUCGGGGAGCAGCGGGGCGCCGGCGUCUGGGGCUGUUCUCCCCCACAGGGCUGGGGACCGGGGGCCCUGUGCCACCUGUUGGGACAUGAGCUGAAGGAGCCCCGCGGUAUCGGAGCAGCGGGAGUCCCGCGGCCCUAUGGCCCAGAGGCUGGCGCUCCAGCGGCUGCUGUCCCUCCCCACGCGGGGGCUGCUGGCACCCCACGGCAGGGCCUUGGGCACCUCGGCUGGCCGCAGGAGCACUUUCAACGUGCAGGAUGGCAGCGACUUCCAGGACCGGGUGGUGAAGAGCCCCAAGCCCGUUGUGGUGGACUUCCACGCGCAGUGGUGUGGUCCCUGCAAGAUCCUAGGCCCCAGGCUAGAGAAGCUGGUGGCCAAACUGGAGGGGAAGGUGCUGAUGGCCAAAGUGGACAUUGACGAUCACACAGACCUUGCUAUUGAGUACGAGGUGUCAGCAGUGCCAACUGUGCUGGCUAUGAAGAAUGGAGACGUUGUGGAUAAAUUUGUGGGCGUAAAGGACGAGGAUCAGCUGGAGGCAUUCCUCAAGAAACUCAUUGGAGCCUGAAGUAAAAGGGUGGCUGUACCUCUGCCUCUGGACACGUCCAUGUUUGUGCAUUCCUUGCCUGGGAGAGCUGAGGGCAGGUCAAUUGCCUGCCCUGUACAACCCGGGGGUUUCUUCUGUUUUGGUGUUUUUAGGAGAUGGAAAAUGUAACCCUUCCCUCCUCCCCCUUCUCAUGAGCAGCAGUAGUUGUAAAGGGCGCUGAGGAGCAGGGCUGCUUAUUCUCAAAACGGGGAAUGUGGCUGGAAUUAGGAGCCUGUAUUUAUCAGCCAAGAGCUGACGUGCAGAGCUGCUACUGCUGCUGCUGAACUAAGAGGAGGAAUGUUUUUGUCUUUGCCUCACAUCUGAUAGCCCAGAGCAGAGGGCAGCUUCUCCCUGCAAGAUGAUGGUACAUACCUGCCCUGGGUGGGUUUGUUUAAAGCUGAGAAUGCCUCUGCCUUGUAUGUGAAACCUGUCUCUUUCUUCCUGUCCUUGUGUUACUUGGACAGGUACAGCUCCUCCACAAAUCCAUGGGAUCCCAUCAUAAUUUUAUAAGAGAAAAUAGGGAGAAAUAUUUUAUGGAUCUCCUUUUUUAUGUCUGCAGUAGAGAACUUUUAUCAGUCACUGCUGUCUAGCCAGGAGAAUAAAACUUGAUUCUUACAAAUCUG